AUGGAACAUGUCGUAAAAUGGAAGGCCAUUCGUGAUCAAGCGAUUGUCGUCACAGGCACUACCGUCUACAUCCCUCAGAUAAUCUAUCAACCAUACACAGAGGCGGAUCGCGUCCGCUACAUCGAGAAAGCCGAUCUUAAGGAGCCUAUCAUCUUCAGGACAGCGCAUCCCGACCAAUGGGGUAUAGCACUCGAGGACGCCCUAAGAGCUAAGAUGAAAGAUCUUCUUGAUAAAGAUGACAAUAUGUUCGAGAACUGCGGACCCUCUGUAUCUAUCCGACUUCAGUGGCCCGGGUACCGUGCGUGGACAAAGCAGAUCCCCACGAUGGACUUCAAAAGUCCAAAAGGUCCCAUCACCAGAGCUAAAUUGGCUAAAAACAUUGCAAACUGCGUGAAACGAUUCAUCGAAGAAAAGGAAAAGGAACGUAUGGAGAUGGAAGCGGACCGUAGGUGGAGGGUUGGAACACGCCACAUUAGGAUGGAGGACCUUAUUUUGGUGUCCCUGCACCACAUCUCCAAGGGUAGCUGGCAGCCUCAGCUACGCCUACGCACUCCACUGAGCGAGAUUCAACUUCGGCGCCUUCAAGCUCAAGCCUCGCAUUCCAUUGCAUAG